CACUGAGCAGCAAAAUGGCCGCCCGUCAACUGACUGACUCCACAGCGCUUUGAGAUUUCAAUUCUUCAGCACAUUAGGCUUUAUGCUAUUACAACGUUAGUACUUAUUUACCAACCUGUAGCUCGUGUAAACGCGCAUGUUUGCAUCGUUCGCUACUGUCUUGACUAUCCACCCAGGCCUCGUUGCUCUGGUUGUAGCCUCGAAAAGCUGAAAUUAAAAAAAAUCGCACUGAAGCACUUUAGCUGAGUUAGCUUAGCACGCUAGCUUAAAUUCAUAUGUGAUUCACGAGAACAGAGUAUCGGGACCGGAGAAGUAGUUCAUGGAAGACAAGAAAAGGAAAAAAGACGAUAAAAGGAAAAGGGAAGCCUCUCAGAAGGUUGCAGAACAAAAAAACAAAGUGUCAGACUUGAGCAAGCCGGCAUCUGCCCAUUCUCCUGCCACUCAGAGCAGCUCUGCCUCCCCCAGCCCUGGACCUACCCCCUCUGCAUCCCCAUCACCAGCCACCUCAGGCCCUGGCUGUGCUGCCACCCCUUCACAGGGCGGCAACAAUGCCAAGCGCCUGGCGGUGGCCAACGGACAGUCCACCUCCAUCACCAGUUCUUCCUCCACCACUGGCAGUCCCAGUACAACUGGAAACGUCAGUACAAGCAGCGGAGGCGGGACCCAGGCAUCUCAACAACAGCCACGCUACAUGCCGAGAGAAGUGCCGCCAAGAUUUCGCUGCCAGCAGGACCAUAAAGUGCUACUGAAGAGGGGUCAGCCACCACUGUCCUCAAUGCUGUUGGGAGGGGGAGGAGGGGAUGGCCCAAACACAAACAUGACUGCUGUCUCAGAUUCUGGUGCGACUGCCUCCUCAUUGGCCCUCACCUCAUCAUCAGCUGCUGCUUCUACUUCUUCUAAUUAUGCAAAUUCCAUGUGGGGGGCAAGCUCAGGCAGCCAGACCUCCUCUCAGGGCCGGGAGAAGGUAAUUGUUGAUGGCAAUGACCUGGAGGAGUGGCCUAGCAUCGCUGGAAGUGAUGGAGGAGCAGCUUCAUUUGCCAGAGCUGGAGGGGGCAGCAGCAACAGUGGAAUGCCUGUGAACAGCAUUAGUGCCUCCGGCAACCAUUCCUCGUCCACUUCUUCGUUCUCUUUGCCUAAUGAAUGUAUGCAGUCGUCUAAUAGUGUGGCAUGGGGGACGGCUGCCUCCCAGGGUCAACUCGGAGGAGGGAAUGCUGUAGCUGCAGCUGGGCCCCUGCUACAGCAGCCCUCCUUACUUUCCAAAGCCUCCACUGUGCCAGGGAGCCAUGAUACCAGUGGCCCCGUUGAUGGAAGCAGUGGGAUUCCAGGUGCCAACUUCAGUCCAAAUGCCAACCCUUCGGCCUGGCCUGCCCUUGUGCAGCAGGAUGGGCCUGCUGCUGCAGGGGAAGGAGGUCCGUCUUCCUUCCAUCCCCAGGGCCCUGGAGGGUCUGUGUCUGCCAACAACUCUGCUUCCCUGGGAAUGGGAAGUGGAGUGUUGGGGGGUCACCCGCCUAUAUCUGUGAAUCAAUCAAGUACCCAUCAGCACCAACUUCACCAAAUGCAAUCUAGAGACAGAGAGAUGGGAGGGGGGAAAUGGGACAGUGAAUCAGCGGGACCAAAAAUUGCAGGUGGAGAAGGAAUCGGGGGACUAAUGGACCGUGGUGUGGGAGGAGGCGGGAUGAAUGUGGGAGACCACAAUGUCGCCUCCACAUGGAGAGGCCAGCCUUCUUACCCUGCAGCUAACUCCAAAACGGGUGCCUCAAGAACUGAUGGUUGGGAGGGUGGAGGAGGUGGAACAGGAGCAUUCGGAGCUGCUGAAAGGGAUAAUGGAACUUCGGGUUGGGGUUAUCCUGGUUCCACAAGUGGAAUUAAUGCUUGGGGGAGUGUUGGAACUGGAGGGAACAAUACUCAAACGUCUGGAGUAUCUCAGGGAGGGUGGGGGUCAUCAGGAGUAGGGGAUAGAGCAGUUUCUGGUGUUGAUUGGGGUGGCAGCUCCACUGGUAUUGGAGGAGCUAACCUAGGAGGAGAGGGAAUCGGUGGAGCCUGCAGCAGUAACAGCAGUAGUAGUGGGGGCAGCACUGUUGAUAACCCUCCUGCCACCUCGUCGUCUUCCUCAACAGUCACCCCUUUGACCAGAGUCUGGGACAAUCAGAAAGUAGAGAGUGAAACUGGGGAGUGGGGUGUGGAAGUAGGAGGACAGGGAGCGCGGGGAGGAUCUUCAUCCAGCGGCGGCAAUUCCAGAAAUGGAAGUGGACCCAACAGCACUAACAGUCAUCCUCGCCGUCAGGCACCUAAUGCUGAAACUGCCUUACAGAACCUAUUAAGUCGAACUGAUCUGGAUCCACGAGUCCUGUCCAAUACAGGCUGGGGCCAAACGCAAAUCAGACAAAACACAGCCUGGGAUGUUGAAGAACAACUGAAUAAAGGUGGAUUUUCCUCAUCCACAGCGAAACACCCAACUUCUGUUGGCAGUUCUCAGUUUUCUAGUGGAUCCAGGACCCUUAUCAGUGAGUCUGCAGGUGCAGGGGUCAAUCCCUCCCUGGUUUCCUCUGCUGGAUCUGGAGAGGGUUGGGAAAGCAGCAGCAACAGUAGCAGUAGUGGGGCGUCUCUGUCUGGGAGAGUCACACAACCUUCAGGCUCCAACUUGAGAAAUCUCGGCGUCUCACAAUCUGGGCCAAUGAACACAACAGGUUCGGGAUUGGGGUCAGGGACAAUACAAGGGCAAAACCAGCAGGGAAAGGCUACAAGCUGGGGUAGUGAAGGAUUAGGGCCUGCGGAAGGACACAAUGCCAAGGGUUGGGGCAAUGAAGAUUGGGGAGGUGGUGGUAGAGGAGGAGGAAGUGGAGCUGGUUGGGGUGAUGUUAGGCAACAGGGUGAAUCAGUCAGUGGUGGCUGGGGAAGAAAUCAGGAGGAGAAAGAGGCAGGGGCUUGGAAAGAAAUUGGGGGCAAUGUAGGAGGAAGUGGAUGGGGUUCAGGACAGAAAAUUGGGUCACGUAGGGACUGGGGAGAGCAAGAAAAAUCAAACAUUGGAGAAGGUGGUUGGGAGGAUGAGAGGAAGAAUGCAGGAGGAAACUCAGGUGGGGAUACGGGUGUGGGUGGUUGGGGAAGCUGGGAUGAUAAUGCUCCACGCAGAACCUGGGGUGCAGGAGGUACUGGUGGAGGAGGAGGCAGUGGAGGAGGGGGAAUGGGUGUUGGGGGUAUCGGGUCAAAACCCCAUCAAAAUUGGAGUGGAGCAAACAAAAUGCAUCAGAUGCCAAACAGCCAGCCGGGCUCCAUCACAGGCCCACAGGCACAACUGCAACAGCAACAAUCACAGCCCCGCAAUCAGCAUCCACAGCUACAGCAAGCUUUGGACCAAGGGGCCAUGCAAGGGGGCGGGGGAAGGAAACCCAUUUCUCAAGCCCAGAAUCAGAACCAAAGCUCAGGCUGGACCUCGGGGCCCAUUCCUGGUGGCCCCGGAGUGGGUGGUGGUGGAUCUGAACCGAGCGGCUGGGAGGAACCCUCGCCGCAGUCUAUCAGUAGAAAGAACGACAUUGACGAUGGAACAUCAGCAUGGGGAGACCCAACCCAUUACAACUACAAGCCAGUAAACUUAUGGGAUAAAAACAGUGCCCCUGCUGGCCAGCAGUCACAUGUUCAAGGUCAGGCCCAGCAGCUACCACAACAGGGACCUCCAGCACAGCAGCAGCCACAACAACAACAACAACAACAGCAACAGCAGCAGCAGCAGCAACAGCAGCAGUCCAAUAGGCCACCUGCAGGGCUUGGAGGUAAUCGAGACUUCAACCCUGGCACUGGACCAGGGAAAGUUGCAGCUGCGGAGUCGACAGGUUGGGGUGGCACUUCUCCUACUAGUGCUAAUGUAGACAAUGGAACAUCAGCUUGGGGGAAGCCUACCGAUGCCCCUACAGGCUGGGGGGACUCUGACUGUGCCGGAGGAAAGACGUCAGGCUGGGGAAACCCUUCUCCCAACCCGAUCAAGUCUGGUUCAAAGUCUAUGCAAGAUGGAUGGGGUGACAAAGAGGGCUCUGUAGCAGCCUCACGUCAUUCCAGCUGGGAGGAUGAGGAGGAGGGAGGUGGCAUGUGGAACAGCACUGGCUCCCAAGGAAGUGGAUCCUCAUGGGGACAGGGAAGCAACGGUGGCUGGGGACAGAGUCACUCUGCAAAGAAGCCCAACAACAAGGGCCCACUGAAAGCUGGUGGAGGAGACUCAUGGAUCGGCCCCAUAAACAGACAGUUCUCUAACAUGGGACUGCUGAACGAUGAUCCCAGUGGCACACACAUGGACCUGGCUCCAGGCUGUCUUCAGGAGAAGAAGUUAGAGGCAGAGAAAAGAGGCAUGGGAAUUAAUGAUUAUAAUGGUGACAUGCGAAAGGGAGGAAGAGGAGCAGCAGGAGGAGGAGGUGCCAGCGGAAUGGCAUAUCGUCCACCUGGUUCUAAAGAGACAGCACCUGGGGAUGCUGGCUCUUACUAUGAUAAGACCUUGCCUUUGACCAAUCAAGAUGGGUGCCUUGAGGAGGAGGGUCCUUGCUCUCUGUACUCACCACCCACUGUCUACAAGCCCCAUUCCCUCUUCAACCACACUAUCCCUUUUAGACAAGGUGGUCACAGCAUCUUUGGCAGCGGUGGAGGGAUGGCUCAGUCAAGACACCAGCCAAAUGUGCCCCCCAUUAACCAGUCCCCAGGGAUACGAGCGCAAGUGCCUCAUCAGUUUCUGUCACCCCAGGUGCCAGGUUCUGUGCUGAAGCAGAUGCCCCCUCCCAGUGGGAGUAUGGGGGGUGUUGGCAGCAUGGGAGGAGUGACAGGCGUCGGGGGAGGUGUGUUCCCUCCGCAGCUGUCUCCGCAGCACAUCGCCAUGCUCAGCAGUAUCUACCCGCCACACAUACAGUUUCAACUGGCUUGUCAGCUCCUCCUCCAGCAGCAGCAGCAGCCACAACAGCAACAACAGCAGCUUCUGCAAAACCAGAGGAAAUUCACACCCAAUGUACGGCAACAGGCUGACCCUCAGCAGUUGGCCAGGAUCAUGGCAGUGCUCCAGCAGCAGAGGCAGCAGCAGCAGGUUGGAGGAUUAGGUGGUAGCUCCAAACUCUCCCCCUCCCACCACCCUGGAGGUAGUAUUGGUGGUCCUAAACUUCCCAUGUCCGAUUCCCUGCCUCACCCAGGACUGUCGGCAACAGUGGCUGACCUACACCAGAAAAACCUGGGACCAUACUCUGGUUUUGGUUCUGGAGUGAAUCUUACAGGUUUGGAUCUGGGUGGAUCUGUCGUGGGUGGUCCUGGUAGCAUGAAGGACAUCGGGAGUCAGCAGUCUCGCUUUAAAUGGAUGAUGGAGGGCCAGUCUUCUCCAGACACAGCCUCACCUGAGAAUGCAUUCCAUAAAAACGGUCCUGUCACCCCUAUUAAGAUGCCAGGAGGUUUGCCCUACUCUCAUUAUGACAUGAUGGUGGGAGACGGCCUGAGUGACAACUGGCAUCGAACCCCAGGAAAGAUGGUUAACAAGCCGACCACCACAACAAGCUGGCCGCCUGAGUUCCAGCCUGGUGUUCCCUGGAAGGGAAUUGACCGUGUCGACCCUGAAUCUGACCCAUACAUGACCCCCGGGAGCAUGAUGGGAAAUGCAGUGUCCCCAGGUCUGAAUGAUAGUGAGCACCAGUUGUUACAAGACAAUACAGAUUCCACCCCUCCCCUCAACACCUUGCUGCCUUCACCUGGUGCCUGGCCCUACAGUGCCUCAGACAGUCCCCUCAACAACGCACAUAACUCAACAAAAUACACAGACUACAAGACCAGCUGGCCCCCAGAACCUAUUGGACACAAGUCCUGGAAAGCCAGCCGUGGCAGCAGCCAGCAGUCUCAGCUGUCCCGCCUACCUCCAGGACUAGCCAGUCAAAAGCAGCCAUCGUCUUCCCCUUGGUCAGGAGGAGCCCCACGAUUAGCUGGCAGGGGGUGGGGCGGGAGCUCUGCCACCACUGGCUCGAGCUGGAGUGACGGUAGCUCACGGGAAAGCUGCUGGUUGGUGCUCAGCAACCUCACACCGCAGAUUGAUGGUUCUACACUGAGGACCAUCUGCAUGCAGCAUGGCCCCUUGCUGACCUUUCACCUUGGCCUGACCCAGGGCACAGCUCUGAUUCGUUAUUGUUCCAGACAGGAGGCAGCCAAGGCCCAGAGUGCACUUCACAUGUGUGUUCUGGGUAAUACCACCAUCUUGGCAGAGUUCGUGAGUGAGGAGGACGUGGCUCGCUACAUUGCACAUUCCCAGGCAGGAGCAACAGGAAGUGGAGGAAGCACAGCCGGGUCUGCAGGCUCUGGGUCUACAGUGGCCUCAGCUGUUGGUGCCAACGGUAAUGGAGGAAGCACUACUGGAGGUGGAGCAAUAACCGGAGGAGGAGGAGUCGAAGGAGGAUCCACAGCUGGAGGUGUAGGAAACGGAGGAGCCGGACCCACCAGCAGCUCCGGAUGGCAGAGUCUGGACGGCACAGGAAGCUCAGCAGACCAGACCACGACCCAGGGGCCAGGGCUGGGUAUCUUCACUCAGUGGAGCAGUAACGGCGCUGGGGUGGUUGGGUCUGGAGGAGUAGAGGCUGGAAGGCAGGCUUUGUGGGGGGGCAUGGGUGGGAUGAGCGGAGCAGGCUAUCCGAGCAGCAGCCUCUGGGGUUCUCCAGCUCUGGAGGAUCGACAUCAGAUGGGCAGCCCCGCUUCGCUGCUACCAGGAGACCUGCUGGGUGGUGGAGCUGACUCCAUCUAAGGGCCCGACUGACACAUGUACACACACACACACACACAUGCACAUUCACAACCACACAUAUAGUACACAUAAUUUGACUCUGCGUUUGUUUACCUGCAGAGUAAGUGUGAAUGAAAGGAGUAAUCCAGCAGUUUUUAACAUAUGGUGCUGCUGUUUGGGAUCAGCUGGUAUUGUUAAAACUGUUAAUAAGGGAAGAAGGAGAACAUCUGGUCCAACAUACUAUAGAUAGACAAUAUGGUUCCUACUUAUCCUUGUCAUUGGCCAACAUACUCUAGGUUUUGCAAAUCAAGACUUAAAUGUUUGGCUGAAAUUUGUGCUAUUGCCUUUUAACAUUCACAGAAUACAAUUAGAAGUUCUAUGCAACAUGCACCUGCUGUCACUUUUCACCGAAGUUUGAACAUCCAUUUGAGCAUGAAGAUGGAAGCGCAGUAUCAAAGGUUAAGACGACAUUAAGCUGUUUGAAGUAGACAUUGCAUGCUCCUGUAGGGGUGCUCUUUAUGCAUCAGAAGACAUGUUUGAAUGCUCUUUGUAGAUGGACAGAUGCAUUAGCAAAUAAUCCAAGUUGCAUGUUUUCAGUUCUCCAGAAGCCACAAUAUCUCAGAGACUGGUCAUCCCUCUGCUGCACUGCUUAAGCCUUUGGCAGAACCCCGACCAGUCAAUAGAUUGUUUGCUGUUACCAGCAUAGCUACAACACAGACCUUAAUGAGCAAACAGGAGUGACUUUUCUGACCUGCCCUUAUUAUACAUGCCUUUGAUUCGAAUACAGAGCAGAAGCACAAAAAUGGCCAAAACCUUUAACUGCCUGUGUUUUCUAAGAGAACCGUGACACUCAAGAUCUCCAGCUGUCUAUGAGCGUCUGGAGCAUCACACAGAAAACUGGCAGCACAAAAAAAUGUAGGUCAGCAUUUACUUGAGGUUGCUUUUUGACGAUGACUGUGUUGAAUGCCCACGGUGGCGUUCUGUAAGGUAGUUAUGAGGAGUUUUUGUGAAUGUUAACAGGCAGUAAUUCCUUUGGCUCACUUUGCUUGCUGAUGUUUUUCUGUACAGUGUAUUUGUUGCAAUUGAAGAACAAGUAUUGAUAUUUUUCAAGAUCUGAACAGUGACCUGAAUGUAGUGUUAGUGUUGAAUACUCUCAAAUAUCUGGGCCUAUUAGAAGCCAAGGGCCCAAGCUGUUUUGCACAGAUGCUAAGGUGACAACAGUGUUGCCUCAAGCAACAUAAAUACUGCUGAAUCUGCUCAUCUAGACCAUUGCAUGCGAUUGGCUGUGGUACAAUCUUACAGAGGUGCAAAUACAAAAACUUUUUACCUGUGGGAUUUUGUGAUUUUUUUUUUUUUUUUUCCCCUGACAUUUUUCACUUUGGGUGGUGGCAGCAAGGAAGGAUGCUUGGAUGCAGUCUGUCUGCACGAUAAUGUUGCCCUCUGUUGUGAGAGAAAAGUCACCAGACAAAAACAUCCAAUCAGAAUAACAAAUGGCAUUGUGCCACAACAUGUUUUCUAAACAAAAGGGCAAAGUUACAGUUAUGAGGUUUUCUACUGUACAGUAUGUUAUUUAGGUAAUGUUUUGGUGACAAAUUAUCAUCGGUUUCUGAGUUUGUCGGACCAAGUUUUCUCUUCUGUCCCCGCCCACUGACAGUACUCUGUGAUCCCAACAGUACUCUUUGUUGAAAAUUGCUAGAGUUGUUUGUGAAUUGAAGCUACACUGGCAGAAAACCACACAAUAUUACUACACACAAACAUACAUAUGAAACCGUUUAACUUUAAAUGAAGACAACAGUAAAACUUGAAACUGGGGGGGUGGGUGGGAGGGAGGUGAACUCCAUUAAACUCUUUAGGACACAACUGGACAACUCCUUCUGUCUUUUUACUCCAACACCCCACCAUCUGCAUUCACAGAGCCAGUCACUCAGGCAUGCACUGUAGACAAGCUCAGCCAGAGUCCUACAUGUCAACAAGUUUAGCUAUUGCUGUUUUAAAGUGUGCCACAUGUAUUUUCUUUUUUGUUUUUCUUUCUUCUUUUCCUUUUGUAUCACUAUUUAAUGAUCGUUUCUCGAAAAAAAAUUGAGACUUGCAAACUGAGCCCUCGUAGAGACCUAGCAGUCGUACUUCUGAGUUCUCACGUUUGGAAGCUUGAAAGUCGCGGAAAAGGAUCUGGAGUUUGUUCAAAAAAAAUAUGGGGACGGCGCCACACUACUGACGAUCAUCAGCCUAGGAGAUGUGGAGAAGGAGUGUUUAACGUUGGUACUGACAUCUCUACCUGGAUGGAACGACACCAUCAACAUGGGACCCAGGGUUUAAAAAUAUUUUUAAAAAUCCAGUCAAAAAACAACAUUAGCCAAACUUGCACUAUAUUUGCCUUUGGGUUUGUUGUUGACACUUCAUCCACAAAUCCUGCCCAUUUAUGUGUCCUGAACAGAGCUACAACACAACAACCGUACAGACCUUAUACUGGAUGACAACAUGUUACAACAGCAGUGGCCUUGGCCGUCAUAGCAGCAGCAGCAGCAUUUUAUAAUUUCCACCCGACUUUUUGUUUAACAGAAUUGUUUUAUCCUUGUUUACAGAAGAGGAUUAAUAACAUGGAAUUUCUUUUUCUUUUACUUUUGACUUUUUUUCCCCCAGAAUUCUGAGGCAAAAGCAUCAGAAUUAUGGGAGAAUAUUGCUUUGUAAAAUGAAAGUUGUUUCUUGAUUUCAAAAGAAAAUUUACUCCGAAUUACGAUCUAUAACGAUGUCUUUAAAUAAGAAAAACAAAUAUGGAUAAAAAUCAUAUUAGCAAAUUUGAAGUGAAAUAUAAGUGCAAAAUGUGAGUACUGAGAAAGGGUCAAAAUUAUGGGACACAAUGUUAAAUUUUGAUUGUAAAGGGGAAAGUCUCUGUCUGCAGGAAAAUAAUGUAAUGUUUUGAUAUUAAGACCAGUGGUGAAAAUUCCUUAUACUCACAAGUCUUAAAAUAAUUGACAAUGAUAACAUGAACAAAAUGUUUGAAUUUUACACAUUUUCUCAGUUGCACCUUCAGGGAAACAGUCUAAAUGUUGGAGAAAAAUCACAGUUCUAGCAGGUGGGUCAAAUCCAUAAGAAAAAUGUCAGAAUUCUGAAGUUGGUUUCUUUCUGACUAAAGUAAAAAUUCUGAGGGAAAUGUAUGAGAAAUAUUAUCAGAAUUUCAAGAACUGUUAAAAAUCUGAGAAACAUCAAAAAUGAUCAGAUUUAUGAGAGUUGGAAAAUUAAAUUAAGAAAAAGUCAGAAUUGUGAAGAUGGUAAAAGAUUUUUUUUCCAGUCCUUUUCCUUACCUCACUCGUGUCCAUUGUUGUUAAAAAGUGAAUCUUGUAUUAGAAAAUUGUCAAAUUUCUUUCCCUUCCUGAGAAAAACACUGACCUCGCUGUCAUGAUGAUUUUUUUCGCAUUCUUUGUACUUUGUAUAUUUACUUACUGCAGACGAAAAUCAGUUCUGGUUAUGAUGCUUAUUGUCCUGACGUUAAAUCCAUGACAACGUAUUUACUGGCUGUACUCGCCACCCCCCCACACACACACACACACACACACACCUCUGACCCUCACCUCCACCCCUGUGACCCUCACCCUACCUGUGAGUGUGUGCAUGAAAGGACAUUACAGUAUGAACGAAUGUGAUGAAGAUGAUGAUGAUAAUGAGUGUCUGUGUCGAUGCCACAAUGUUGAAUGUGUUUUUUUUCUCUCUCUCGUUAAUGAGGUUCAUGAGAUUGGUGUAUACCCUUGUGUUUGUUUGUGCGUGUGCGCGCGCGUUUGACAGAUUUGCAGUGAAAAGCUAAAAAGUUCAAAAACAUCGGCACUAUUGCAUACGUCUCUUAAGUUGUCUGCGUUGUUUGUUUUUUAGCAGCAUUUUUUUCUCUCUCUUUUGUUUGUAUUUGUUUUCUUGUCAAAUGCAAUAAGAUAAUGCUAUUUUUUUUUGUUUGUUUUUAAGACAAAUGUAACCAACUGACGGCAUUUGUGUUAAUGAUGCCAAAUCCUACCACACCAAGCUGAGCUGGAACAGUGUUUUACAGACACGUUAAAAAGACAUUACAUACCUUUUACUGUUUGUUUGUUUGUUUGUUAAUGUAUCCAUUUAAAUUAAGUCUGUCUUUAUUAUCACUCCUGUUCAGGAUGUUAUCAUUUAUUUCAGAUGUUACAAAAAAAAGGAGAGGAAAUUAAUUUAAAGCAGAAAAGAACAAGAUAAUAAAGGUUGAAUUGAA